UUUAAUCAAAAUUAUGACUGUUGUUGGAGAAGAAGCCAAGGAGUGGACGAGGGUAGAUGCUCCUCUAGACGAGCGCUUAAUUAUCGGAUUGCUUUAUUUGUGUUCAGCUUUGUUUUUUCUGGUUCUUCAAUUCUCUGUUAUUUUUAUCAUUAUAACCUAUAAAGACUUUCGUGGCCACCUCUGUUACAGAAUCAUGCUUUUUAUUUCGAUUGCUGAUUCAAUUCAACUCGUCGUUCAUUCAUAUGGUAACUAA